AUGGCCGAACCGAUACCAGCGGCUUCCGCCGCCGCAGACGCUGCCGACGAUGAAACAUCCCAGAACCUGCCCAACAAUGCCGAAGACCGCAAGGCCGCCGCGGCCCUCAAUUCCUUGAACGCAAAUGACAUGUCACAAGAAAAUGGAGAGGCGGCGACGAAGCAACCUUCUGCGGCUGACCAAGAGGCGCUGGGCAAAGCCAUGUCAAGACUCGAAAUUGCAAGCGGUCUGGGAAAGAAGAAGGACGACACAAAGAAGGCCGAGACGAAGAAAGACGUCGAGGUGAAGAAGAAGAUCAAGAUUGCUGCGGAAGAUCUUACGUUUCUGGUUGAGGAACUUGAUCUGUCCAAGGCCAAAGCGACGGAACUCCUACGGUCGCAUGAUGGGAACGCAACACAAGCUAUCAAGAGUUUUCUGGCGCCCCCAAUUCGAGUAUAA